UCCGAAUAUGGAACUAAAAAACAAAUCUAUACGUGGGACGAAUCUCUACUAUAAAGCCCUAUUUUAUCACUCUCUUCGCAAAUGGUAAGCCAUUCUUCUCUCAUCCGUUCUCAUGUCUUGCUUGAAUCUGAGGCUUCCACCAGCCAGAAAGGCCUGGAAGAGUUUCACUUCCAAAAUACAGAGCAAACUUCACAAGCUUAACAAACCUAAAGCCAUCAGGAAAUCAAGAAAUCGUCUUAAACUUAAAACUACCAGCGCCAUCACCCCAGCAGCCGCUCGACCCUAUAGAUUUCUUGAACAACGUUUUCAACGUAAACGAUGCCUUGUCCAAUCAACGAAGCGUCUUCAUCUUCUCCAUGAGCAACGCAACACCAUCAUCAAGUACUCUGAUGCUGUUUACGUUGACAAGCUCUUCAAAGAGCCUGUUUCUGAGCAGGUGGUGAAGUUCCAACCCAGAACAAAGAAUUUUAAACCAAGUCAUGAUCAACCAGCUCAAGUUCCAGUAGCUGGAGCAAGCAAGGAAGCUGGCAGAGGAGCUGAAACAACUCCCGAGGGAGACGAUAUGUGGGAAUCGAUGGGUUUUGCGUCCCCGCAAAUGAAUGGAAUCGAUGAGAGAGCAGACGAAUUCAUAACAAGGUUCCGAGCACAGAUGAAUGUUCAAGAGAUGUUGGCACGUGAUUUAUGGUAUUGAAGGAAGUGCAGAUUUUUAUUUCUCCCUCUUAUAUUUGGGUUACACUCGGAAAAUGAGCCAAUAUCUGUUUGAUUAUUAUGUAUAGGAAUGUAAGUAAUGUCUGAUCGUCUCUUUUGGCAUA